UACAGAAGCUUUGAAAUUCUUGUUUCCAUUUUCUGCAGAAAAAUCAACAAUGAACCAACAAAUGACUGCGGCUCUCCUCCUCUUUGGACUUUGCCUCGGCUCCUGCUCCCAGUUUCCACCACGCUGGUACUUCUACGUCAACCAGCCGCUGAUCUGGACUGAGGCUCAGCAGUUCUGCAGGGCGCAUUACACCGACCUGGCCAUGUUUGAAAACAUGGACGACAUAAACCGCCUAGAAGCUCCUUUCUCCUACUCCUUUGCAUGGAUCGGACUCUGGGAUGAUCCGAAUGCCUGGAAAUCUGCACUGGGCAACGGGACCAACUCCUGGAGAUGGUCUGCAACCGGAGAAACCAGUAAAACUGGUUACAAGUCAUGGAAUCCCACUAAUCCAAAUUACUACUUGGGAACAGAGACGUGUGUAAAUCUGCACUACGAUGGAACAUGGACAGAUAACUAG